UAUUGUAGUCAAACCUCAAAUGGUUCGCAAAACUAUCUAUUGGGAAGUAAUUUAACGUCAUUUGAUUUCCCGGCAGAAUAAGAAAAGGAAAAUUUUGCGGGAAAGGGAAAGAAAAAGAAUGGUGUUUGCAGAGUUGAGAGAAGCCAUUGAGAAAAUGAAGGUGGUGGAUUCUCAUGCGCACAGUAUUGUUCCUUUAGAUUCCUCUUUUGCUUUCAUCAAUUCACUGUCUGAAGCAACUGGCGACGCCUUAUCCUUUGCUCCUUACUCCCUUUCUUUCAAGAGGAAUUUGAGGGAGAUUGCAGAAUUCUAUGGCACGGAAUCAUCAUUGGAUGCUGUAGAACAAUAUCGCAGAUUGUCUGGAUUGCAAUCCAUUAGCUCAAAGUGCUUUAAAGCUGCAGGAAUCUCUACUAUUCUUAUUGAUGAUGGACUGAAGCUUGACAAGAAACAUGACAUUCAGUGGCAUAAGAAUUUUGUUCCAUUUGUUGGUAGGAUACUCAGAAUUGAAUCCCUGGCUGAGGAGAUCCUUAAUGGGGAGAUGCCAGAUGGAUCUACCUGGACAUUGGAUGCAUUCACCGAAACAUUUUUGAAAAGCUUGAGGUCAGUUGCAAAUGAGAUUGUUGGGUUGAAGAGCAUAGCUGCAUACCGCAGUGGUUUGGAAAUCAAUCCACAUGUCACCAGAGAGGAUGCUGAGAUUGGUCUUUCUGAAGUUUUACAACGUGGGAAACCUGUACGAAUUACAAAUAAAAGCUUAAUUGACCAUAUAUUCAUUCAUGGUUUGGAGGUAGCUCUACAGUUUGAUUUGCCGUUGCAGAUACACACAGGCUUUGGAGACAAAGAUUUGGAUUUACGGCUAGCCAAUCCUCUUCAUCUUCGAACCCUUUUGGAGGAUAAAAGAUUUUCCGGGUGUCGCAUUGUUCUUUUGCAUGCAUCCUACCCGUUUUCAAAGGAAGCUUCAUAUCUAGCCUCUAUCUAUCCCCAGGUUUACCUUGACUUUGGGUUGGCAAUUCCCAAGCUCAGUUUUCAUGGGAUGAUAUCCUCAGUCAAAGAACUUUUGGAGUUAGCUCCCAUAAAGAAGGUCAUGUUCAGCACUGAUGCAGUUGCAACUCCUGAAACAUACUACUUAGGUGCCAAAAGAGCGCGUGAAAUUGUCUUUUCUGUUCUACGUGAUUCAUGCAUUGAUCAUGAUCUCUUGAUCACUGAAGCUAUUGAAGCAUCCAAGGACAUCUUUGCCCGGACUGCUAUACAAUUAUACAAGAUUAAUAUAGGCGAGGAACUAGUAGGUUUAAAGGCUAGUGACUCUCCUAGCUACGUGAUAGGGACAAAUGUUCCAGAACAUAGUGUUUCCCUUGUUCGUAUUUUAUGGGCAGAUGCUUCCGGACAGCAUAGAUGCCGAGUUGUCCCCAAGAAACGCUUUAACGAUGUUGUGAGGAAAAAUGGUGUCGGUUUGACUUUUGCAUGUAUGGCAAUGAGUUCUGCUGUUGAUGGUCCAGCUGAUGAGACUAAUCUAACUGGGACUGGUGAGAUUAGACUGAUGCCUGACCUAUCGACUUGGAGGGAAAUCCCAUGGAAAAAACAAGAGGAGAUGGUCUUGGCUGACAUGCAUCUUAAACCUGGGGAUGCAUGGGAAUAUUGCCCAAGAGAGGCCCUACGAAGAGUUUCAAAAGUUCUAAAAGAUGAAUUCAACUUGGUAAUGAAUGCAGGAUUUGAAAAUGAAUUUUAUCUCUUGAAAAAGCUAGAAAGAGAGGGGAAAGAGGAGUGGGUGCCAAUCGACUCAAAACCUUAUUGCUCCUCUUCUGGAUUUGAUGCUAUCUCCACUUUAUUUCAAGAAAUUGUUGCAGCUCUAAAUUCCUUGAAUGUUGCUGUUGAGCAGAUGCAUGCAGAAGCUGGAAAUGGUCAGUAUGAAAUGGCUUUGGGGCACACUGCUUGUACAUAUGCUGCUGACAACUUGAUUUUCACGCGCGAAGUUGUUAGGGCUAUUGCAAAUAAACAUGGGCUGUUGGCAACGUUUGUCCCCAAGUAUGCUUUGGAUGACAUAGGUUCUGGAUCCCAUGUGCAUCUCAGUUUAUGGCAGAAUGGACAAAAUGUUUUCCAAGCAUCCGAUGCAUCUUCUCAGCAUGGAAUGUCUAAAGUUGGAGAGGAGUUCAUGGCAGGGGUUUUAGAUCAUCUUCCCUCGAUUUUGGCAUUCACGGCACCACUUCCAAAUAGUUAUGAUCGCAUACAACCUAAUACAUGGAGUGGAGCAUAUCAAUGCUGGGGCAAAGAAAACAGAGAAGCGCCUUUGAGGACUGCAUGCCCACCUGGGAUUCCAAAUGGAUUUGUGAGCAACUUUGAGAUCAAAUCUUUUGACGGAUGUGCAAAUCCACACUUGGGAUUGGCUGCUAUAAUUGCUGCUGGAAUUGAUGGUCUAAGACGGCAUCUUCAUCUGCCUCAACCUAUUGAUGCAAAUCCAGCUACACUAGAAGGGAAACUAUCGAGACUUCCUAAAUCACUUUCUGAAUCUUUAGAAGCUCUUCAGAAAGACAAUGUCUUGAAGGAGCUGAUUGGUGAAAAGCUUGUUGUUGCUAUAAGCGGAGUUCGAAAGGCAGAAAUUGAGUACUAUUCGAAGAAUAAGGAAGCAUACAAACAACUUAUUCACCGUUAUUAAGUUGAUGAAUCAAUAUCCAAGCAGUUGGGGGAAGAGUAAGGAGUUUUGUCACUCUUAAAAUAAAUUGAUAGAUGAUGCUAAUCAUGGUUAAUAACUUUGGGGUGUUGGCUACUUUUACAUUUUUAUAUAUGCAACAUUUUGUUGUAGAAUAAUGGUUUAUCUCCGUUCUGUUUCUUAAGCUAUUUAAUCCAUUUCUCUAGGUUCAAGGACUUUCCCUUUUAUAAGGGGAAGAUUUAUUCACAGUA